UUUUAUCACAAUCGCCGCAACAACCUCGGACAUUGUCAGCGAUUUAUUGCAUCAGCUCCCACCAACAACAGACACUUGGUUACGUUGUAAGCGGCCAGAGCUGCAGAUACAGAUACUAUACAGAUACUACAGAGAUACUAUGCCAACAACUACAAACAAGCAUCCUGAGCAGCCCGUAGCUACCAAAAAACAAAAACCCAAUUGCCCAUUCUCGUUCCCGAUUCCGAUCCCAGUAUCUCAUCAACGUGGCUAAUCUGCACUGUGACAAACGCUGUCAAUUCUUAUGCAAUCUUAACGCACCUAACACUCUACUGCUUUUAUUAGUUCUGUUUGCAUGAGCAAAUUGUUCCAUCCAUUCUUGAUUUCAGUUAAGUUAUACAGGGGAUAAAUGUUUGUUUUUGAAGAAUUAGUUUUUAGUUCAUCGAUAUGGCACUAACUUUUCUCGCGGUGCAACUGCAGUUGCUGUUAGACGGCUGCUGAUGUCAACUUCUUUGUUGUCGUCGUCGUCAUCUCCUCCUCAUCAACAUCAGUGGAGCGCGGCAAAAGUCUUCUCCCAGCAACGGCCCAAAGUUCGGACUGGAGUCCCAGGCUGUUAAGAGUUCAACUCGUGAUGUUUAAGUGGUUUAAGCCAAGGUAACGAUUUCCUCAUUGGUCUCCAAUUCUCCGGCUCAGCUCAGCUCCACUCAGCUCGCUUUUGCUGUUGUUGCCGGCGACAUUCUGUCAUGCCACGAUCACGAAGCAUUCGUAACACAUUUGUUGCAAUUUUCGUCGCUAUUUGUUAAGGUUCAGAAGAGGUUGCAACUAGCAACCGAAAGGGACACUCGUCUGGUUGCUAAUGUUGUAAGAUAUGUACUAAACGGCAGUAUAAAUCGAUUGAUUGUAAUGCGCUGCAAAGUGUCUGCACUGUUGCAAGAGCAAAAUCAACAGCAUUAAGACACAGAAAACGUAUUAAGAGUCUCAAAAUACUCUGGAACAACAAUAAGUUAGCAUAUCCAAUCCGUUUAGCACCUGGCUGAAUCUCAAAAUUGUACGCUAUAAAAAUGGUAUAGACUUUGUUAUGGACACAAUAAUGAAGUUACUGAGUCUACUGAUGGUCGUCCUGGUCCUAAUAGGAAUGGUUGCUUCACAAAAAAAACGCAAAAGAAGAGGGCUUGAAGUUUGGAUACGACCCAAGCACAAUCCACCAGGAACAAGACAUUGUAACCCGGGUGAUCACUGGUGUCAAAGAGAUUAAGAUAAUUAAAUCUGUAACUUAUUGUUUUA